CUUAGCGAGAAAAGAUAAGAAUCAACAUGAGAUAUAAAUAAUGAACUUAACAAUUUUUUUUUCAUUCUGUCAAGUAGUUUUUAUCAUUCUUUUGUAAAGAAUUUGGGCGGAUUAAAACAUAAGUUGAUACUGUUGCUUCAUACAAUACUGUAACCGCUCUUUAUAUCCUCGAUCAGACAAAGUGAUGUACUCCAUAUUUGUAAUUGUUCAGGCGUUGCUGGUGCAGAUGUUGUUUGAACGAUACUGUUGUUUCUUGCUACAAACAAAUGGAGACUACUGUCCUAACAACUGCACUUGUACAGCAGGUUCCUUCAUCUGCAGUAACAAUUCAUUGCUGACUGUUCCUUGGAUUCCAAGAACUCCACAUUGCCGUUUUGACCUUAGCGAGAAUCAUAUAAUAACCAUACAGGCAGGAAUUUUCAAAAUCCAAAGUUCAAACAAAUGGUGUAGCAUAAAUUUUGAUAACAAUUAUAUUCACACAAUAAGUGACGGGGCAUUUGAUUGGCUAAUGAAUGCUUCUACAACAUUCUCUUUAAGACACAAUAAUUUGACAUCCAUUCCAAAGGCGUUUGAAAAACUGACAAAUCUACGCGUGUUAUACUUAAGUGGAAAUCCGUUAUUAAAUCUGAAUACACAAACGAUGGUCUACAUGGGACGUUCUCUUACAGAUUUAUCUUUUGACAUGGGCCUUUUUCAGUAUUGGCCUCACGAGUUACAGUAUUUGAGAAAGAUAAGUGUCCUUGAAAUAGGCUACAUACCAUUUAGUGUCAUACCACAAAAUGCUUUCCAUGGACUUGAAACUACAUUGAGGGAUUUACAGAUACACAGCUCAAGGUUAGAAGAAAUCCCACAUGCCUUUUGUAUAUUUCAGGCACUGCAUACUCUAAACUUUUCAUUGAAUCAUCAUCGUAAUUUAUUCAAUACGAGGUCUUGUACAACAGAUCGUUUACAAGUGACCCAUCUGUAUUUUAAUGAUAAUGAUGUUAAAAUAUUUCCAGACUUACAAAAGAUAUUUUAUAGAAUCCCAACUAUCCAAGCCAACAAUAAUGGAUUUCUUGUUAUGGAUGGGGACUCCUUCGAUUCUUCAAAUUUCACUGUAUAUGAUCUCAAUCUGAAUAUGAAUAAUUUUUCACGAAUUCCCUUUGGAGUGAAUUAUUUGAAAUCACUACAUAAGUUAUAUAUAGCUUACAAUUCCAUUAGCAGUGUUGUCGACCCAGACAUUUCAAAGCUUGAAGACUUGAUUGUACUAGGUCUCAAAGGUAACCCGAUUUUGUAUAUCUCAAAAAGUGCUUUCAAUAACAAUUUGAAAUUAUCACAUCUUGAUUUAAGCGAGACAUGGCUACACCAAAUACCGGCUGCUGUUAUUGCUCUUUCUAAUCUAUAUUCUUUGGGAUUAGACAAUACCCAAAUUGUUUGUACUUGUGACCUUGCUUACUUGAAAACUUGGAAUGAAACCAGUACCAUUAAUGAUGAAUCCAAGUGUUACUUAUCCUCAGAGAAAAUCAAAGAUUAUUUGCAGCAAUCUCUAGUGUUUUGUUGAUGCAAGUUUACCUUUUUUUAAUGAUGUAAGAAACUUGGACAUUGUGCAACAUUGCUUUAGGUAAUGUCUUGCAUCUAACUUAGAACUUGUAACCACAAAACUUAAACUGAGUUAGCAUUACACAUACUGGGUUGUGUGUGUGCGAAAAAGUGAACAAAUGAAUAAACAAAAACUCGCAAAAAAAUGUUGGCUUUACAUAAUCUGUUUGCUAAAAUAUAUCAAAGUUGAUGUUUUACUUACAAAAUAAUGUGUUAUUCGAUAAAAUAAAGGACA